AUGAUGGAACAUCUGAAAAUAUCAGAUUGGAGUGCUCUAGAUAAUUUAGAGAAGAAGAUUUGUUCAAACUGUGGACGAAGACGGAUGUAUUUUUGUUACGAUUGUAAACUGUAUAUUCCUGGUGUACAAAAUAUGGUUCCGCAAUUAAAGCUACCUGUCCAUAUUGAUAUUAUCAAACAUCCGCAAGAAAAGAAUAGUAAAAGCACCGCGUUGCAUUGCCUUUUACUGGCUCCAACCUGUACUAGACUAUUUGAUUUAACCAAUGUACCGAACUAUAACUCCACUAAGUACAAACAGGAAAAUACAGCAUUGGUAAUUCAGUCAGAAAAUGGCAUUUCCGUGCACAGCUUUGUUAAGGAGCGCGGUUGUAUCAAACGUUUUGUAUUUCUUGAUUCAACAUGGUUCCAGAUUGGAAGACUGAAGUCACUCUCGAAAAUUCAAAGUCUACCUGUUAUCACGCUGCGAUCCUACAAGACAAAAUACUGGAGACCGCAGGUUUUAUUUCCACUCUUUCCUUUCCUUGUAUACUUUGAUAAUUUUCAUGAUUAUAGUUACUUGUUGCAUUGAUG